AUGCCGUUGUUGUGUUUACCAUUCUCACACAUUGCAGAAUACCAUGUUGAUGGGAAAAAAAUUCCAGAGGUUGACUUUGAUGUUGGUGACAGCUGGGCAGGUUUGAUGCCAAUUUCCGCUAAAAAGGGAGAGAAGCGAAAACUUUUUUUCUGGUUUUGGCCUUCGAAAGAUCCUCGACAUGUUGAUGAUCUCGUGUUCUGGACGAACGGCGGUCCUGGGUGUUCGUCAAUGAUGGGUUUCUUGCAAGAGAAUGGUCCGUUUAAGUGGCCAACGGGAACCGCGAAGCCUAUCCCCAACCAGUGGUCAUGGACAAAUCUCAGUCACGUUCUUUGGGUAGAACAGCCUGUUGGAACCGGGUUUUCUCAAGGCACCCCUAACAUUCAUGACGAUGAUGAGCUGGCAGCUCAACUUGCCGGAUUUUUGGUUCAAUUCUUGGAGGUCUUCAAGGAACUGAAAGGAAAGAACUUUUAUGUAACAGGAGAAUCAUAUGCCGGAUACUAUGUGCCGUAUAUUGCAAACUACCUGUACGAACAUCCUGGAUUGGUCCCUCUUAAAACCAAGGGAAUUUGGUUAACUGAUCCCUCCGUCUCAUGGGACAUCGUAACGGAAUAUAUCCCCGCGUACAACUUUGCUAAUAAAUGGAAAGACGUCCUCGGCCUAAAUGCUUCGUACCUCCAGACGCUCAAGAACGCCUCGGAUUUCUGCGGCUUCACGAACUAUGCGGCGACCUAUGCCACAUACCCACCUCCACCAGGCCCGUUCCCUUUGCCUCCGCAAGCUUACGUACCGGGAACCGUACCGAAUUAUGCAAACAUUACGAGUGGAUGUUUGUUAUGGGAUGAUAUCUACAAUGCGUCUGCCAUGGCGAAUCCGAAUUUUAAUGUUUAUAGGAUCUUCGAUGGAUGGCCCGUCCUUUGGGACGUGAUUGGGUUUCCGGGGUCUUUCUUUAAUUAUCAAUCCCCUGUUUACUUUGCUCGAAGGGAUGUCCAGGAUGCUAUUCAUGCUCCUCACAUCGAUUGGAGUGAAUGCUCUACGAAACCGGUAUAUGUUAAUGGACAGGAUAACUCUGUUCCUUCGAUGCUAAGCGUCAUGCCGAACGUCAUUCAAAAGAGUGCACGAACAGUCGUCAUGCAUGGGUUGGCCGAUUAUGUCCUAAUCGCUGAAGGGACGAGAAUCGCUAUUCAAAAUAUGACUUGUAUGGGGGGCUUGAAAGGUUUCCGAACUCCUAUCGUCAAGGAAUCAUUCGUCAUUGACGGGUUUGGUGCAAUUGGGAAUUUGCAUCAAGAGCGAAUGACUUAUGUGGAAGUUAAUCUUGCUGGACACAUGAUGCCGGAAUAUGCCCCUUGGGCAGCCUACAAGACCCUCUGGUACCUCCUCGGACGGGGCGAAUUGACGUCCAGUGCAAUCGAUGACUCAUUGUAUCCUAAUAACUAUCAGCUUUUCGGGCAGUGGUCUCCGCCCACCCAUUAA